AUGGAUGAUCGUCCAAAAUUUGGAAAUUUACAGCUAUCCUUAUUGAUUAUAAGAGAAGUGAAGAUACCCUGUCUCACCGUUUCAACUAACGUCAGCCUUGAUGGCGUAGACACCUCUUCCGUACUCUCCCAACUCAUCUCCGCCGUCGCCAAGAUCAUGGCCAGACCUCACUCUUAUGUGAUGGCUGCACUGGAAGGGUCAAUCCCCACAUGUUUUGGUGGGACUGAGGAGCCAGCUGCCUUUGGUGAACUGGUGUCCAUGGGUGCUCUCAACCCGGAAUUAAACAACAAACUCACUGCUGAAAUUGCUUCCAUUCUUGAAACCAACUUGUCAGUGCCCAAGUCACGCUUCUUCUUAAAAUUCUAUGACAUUCAGGGCUAUAAUUGCGGAUUGAACGGCUCUAUCAUGGUGAUCCAGCCCAAAUAAUAAAGGAAAACAAAACCUCUUCUUGUUACUUUAAUAUUGUCAUUGUUCAUAUCUACGAAUAAUAUAAUUUGUUAUAUUUGUGUGCUAUAAGAAGCGUUUGGGCAUGCAUGGGUUGGUUGAA